CCUCGCUGAAGAUCUUUCCUCUGCCUCCCUUUACUGCCACACACCCCCUCUCCUUCUCUUUUCAGCUCACAUCUAGCUCUCUCUUUCAGCACUCUUACUUCUCUCACUCGCUCUCUUUCUAUUCUCAGGGUCCCUGCUGCUGUCAGAAUACUUUUCUGCUUCCAGACGCUUUAAGACAGCAGAAAGCAAGAGACAGAAUAACUAAACUGAGACAGCUGGGUCAUCAUGCAGGUUAUAAGAAUCCAGUUAGUGGUGUGUAUACAAUUUUUUGCUAUCUUUAUAAUAAGUACAGAAAGCCAGUGUCCUAGUCCUUGCCAUUGUCAUGGUGACCUGCAGCAUGUUAUCUGUGACAAUGUUGGCCUGAAGAAAAUCCCUCGCAUCACUGAGGCCACUCGCCUUGUCAACUUGCAGCGAAACAACCUGGGUGUGCUCCAAACCGGGGGCUUCAGCGAAAUGAAGGGUCUCGUCUCCCUGCACCUGCAGCACUGCCAGAUCCGUGAGAUUGCCACUCAGGCCUUCAAGGGCCUCAAAAAGCUCAUUUACCUUUACCUUUCUAACAAUGAAAUCAGCACCAUCAAGCCUGGAGCCUUUGAUGACUUAACUGAGCUCACCUACCUUUACAUGGAUGGAAACCAAAUCUCAGGUCUUUCAAAGGGUAUUUUCUCACCCAUGAUCAACCUGUUUAUCCUACAGCUUGAUAACAACAAGAUCCAAGACCUGCAAUCAGGUACCUUUGCAGGUGCUAAGGACCUUCGCUGGCUGCAUAUCAGUAACAAUGAACUAAGGUCAAUGCAGCCUGGCUCUCUUGAUGAUGUGGAGAACCUGGCCACUCUUACGCUGGACCGAAACAAGCUGUCUACAUAUCCCACCGAGGCCAUGAGCAAACUACGAGUUGUUGAGGAGCUUAAUUUGUCCAAGAACCCACUCACAUUCAUUCCUGACUAUGCAUUCAGGAGCUUUGGACGCUAUAUAGAGAAACUGCAUCUUAAUGAUAUGGGCCUGGAGAAGUUUUCCAACGCGGCGUUUGAGGGUGUGACAGCACUAAGAUCAUUGCAUCUUCAUAACAACAAGCUGAGGAUGCUACCAAGCAACCUGGUUUUCAACAAAAUGCAGAAUCUCACUCUGUUCAACAACCCAUGGAGCUGCAACUGCCAGUUAGCUAACCUUAGAAAGUGGAUGGACACCAGUCGUCAUCGCCCUGAUGCGAUUUGUGCAUUACCUGCGAAUCAGAAAGGAAAGCAAAUACGAGACAGCACUGCCUUUAGCAAGUGCAAAAUAAAGAGAACUAAGAAGGGAGAACUUCACUGAAAAGGAGUCUCAGAGGAGACGCAUGUCCAGGGGACCGGCACCAGGUCCAGACAACAGACGCAAUGUUACUUUCUAUUUCGGAGCUGUUCAUUUUCUUUCAAAUUCUACGAAAUGGCACGCAUAUGAACAUUCAAUUUAUAAAAAAAAAAAAAAAAAAGAGAGAGAAAAAAACAGUUUUGCAGGGAAAACAGACUAAUG